AUGGCGCUGGAUUCUGCUGAGAACUCGAGUGGUGCUGCUCAGCAGCCAAUCGAGAUGGAGUCCACGUCCGGAACCAUGCUUGAGAAUGGCCAUGAUCAGUGCGCAUCGGAGAAUAUAGUAUCCAAUGCCCCCGAUCUAGAAAGGGUCCUGUCACAGCAAAUCUCUGGGUCCGGGUCUGAAAGCCCCGAAACUCGCAGUAACUGGAAGAUCUUUGCCACGAUGCUCGCUCUGUCGCUUGCGCUCUUUAUCUCUGCGCUUGAUCAGACCAUCGUGGCUACUGCAACACCCACGAUCUCCUCCGAUCUGCACUCGGCAUCCGGCUAUGUAUGGAUAGGGGGUGCUUAUCUCCUCGCCAAUGCCGCCAGUUCCAACAUCUGGGCCAAUCUGUCGGAUAUCUGGGGUCGAAAACCAAUUCUCCUCACGGCCGUCGCUCUUUUCUUUGUAGCGUCGAUCAUAUGUGCCACUGCAAAUGGCAUGCCUAUGCUGAUUACAGGCCGUGGUAUCCAAGGCAUUGCUGGUGGUGGUCUCAUUCAGCUGAUCACAAUCACCAUCUCUGACUUGUUCAGCGUCAGACUUCGCAGUCUUUUCCUCGGGUUAAUUGAGUUUAUAUGGGCAAUUGCUGGUGCCUUGGGACCCAUAGUCGGUGGGGCUUUCACUCAGUCUGUUUCCUGGAGAUGGAUAUUCUGGAUCAAUCUUCCGGUCUGCGGAACGGCCUUUGUGCUACUCUAUGCAUUCCUGGAUAUACAUAACCCCAAGACUCCGGUCCUGGCCGGGAUCAAGGCAGUGGAUUGGUGGGGGAGCUUCUCUAUGCUUGCACUCAUCGUCCUGCUACUUCUGGGUCUCGACUUUGGAGGCGAUACGUUCCCUUGGGGCUCCCCUAAGGUGAUUUGCCUUAUUGUCUUUGGCUGUCUGAUGUCGUUCGCCUUCAUUUACAGUGAAAAGAGUCUGGCUAAGUAUCCCCUGAUGCCACUGGGGGUUUUUAGAAAGCGAUCUAACGUUGCCUGCUUUCUGGUGGAUUUUACGCAUGGCUUUGCUUACCUGGGUGCAGAGUAUUAUCUCCCCCUCUACUUCCAGUCAGCAAAAGAGGCCUCCCCGUUCCGGUCCGGAGUCUUGAUUCUUCCCUUUGUGUUGACUGAAGCUGCGUUCAGUCUCUUUGCAGGGCUGGUCAUCCACCGUACUGGCCGCUACCUUGAGAUCAUCUGGGCUGGGACUGCCCUUGUCGUCCUCGGGACUGGCCUGUUCACCAACUACAACGCUACCUCUACCCUUGGAAAGAUCGUCGGCUAUCAAAUCACAGCAGGUAUGGGGUGUGGAAUGCUCUUCUUCCCGCCUCUCCUCGCUUUACAAAGCAACGUCUCUCAAGCCAGUACGGCCAGCGCAACCGCAACCUUUGGGUUUAUCCGCAACGUAGCAAUGGCUAUGUCUGUUGUUCUUGGAGGCGUUGUCUUCCAAAACAGCAUGGACAUGCGACAAGGCAGCCUCAGUGCAGCUGGUCUAUCCUCUUCCUUGUUGAAAGAGUUCUCGGGAACAGAGGCUGCAGCUAACGUCAAUGCCGUCCGCUCUGUCCAGGAUCCCACGCAGAGACGUGCCGUGGCAGAUGCCUACGCAUGGAGUCUCCGCAACAUGUGGAUUCUGUAUGCCGCUAUGGCUGCCUGUGGAUUUGUCGCUAGCGCAUUUAUCACCCGGCAGCAUCUCAGCGAUGAGCAUGUUGAAACCAAAACAGGCCUGAAGGAGAAACAGCCAGAAUCGCAAGAGCAAUAA